GCGCUUGAACGAGAGGGCAGAGCUUAUCGAUCCACCAGGACGCACAGCUCAGGAUCCAGCCGAUGCAGGUGACUUUCCAUACCCUGUUAGUAUUAUCCAGGACCGGUACGGGGAUAAGGGUCUUGUAACAACACACAAUCCCGACCCAACCGUUGUCUCGGAGGAUUCUGGAGAGUGUCUGUGCGAAUGGAGGGGUUAGAGGGCCAAGAGUUGAAACAAUAACUCCCUCUGGUCUGCUCUCAUAAACUUGAACUGCUCAAAUGGUGAAAAUCUUGCCACGUACAUAACCUCCACAUUUAUAUUUUUCCUUGCUUUACUUCGCUAUCCUUGCUCUAUUGCCUUCUUUCUCAGGUCGGUUUUCAUUAUUUUCGUAUGCUACUGCCAUCGUUUACUUGAUUCUUUUUUUGACUGGUUUCUUUCCAGGGCCCGGGCGAAACUAAGGUGUCAUUGUUUUUUUUUUUUUUUUCCCUUUUAUUCAUUCAUUCGUAAUUGUCCAACCACCACACCCAGGAGCAAGGCAGAAAACAAGGAUUUGUAUGUAUGUAUGUAUGUAUGUUGUGUGUAUGUAGUAUGUAUUCUACGACAUAGUUAUCGGAAAGGAGAAGGUGUCUGUUCUGGUCAUGGCACGACAGCAUGAUAUAUCAAACGCUGUGACGUUACGGGGAGCGGUAUCUAGUGUUUCUGGCCCGUUUUUUCUUCACUUUUUUUGUCAAAUCCUUUGACAGUUUGAGGGUACAGCCCAAUCGCUGUAUUUGACCGGGUAGAUCAUGACAUGAGAAUCCAAAAGUAUACGCAUCCCACCGCUGUCGAACGCCCGCCAAUCCUCAUUUCCAUUUUUUCACCACACAAGUCGGAGGGUAUGAUAGCGGGUAACCUUGGCCUUGUUUUGAGGAUCAAGAAACCUUUGAUGAUAACUAUGGCUCUUUUGAUCCCCUAUGCUUGAGCACUUGUAUCAAGGCAUACUCAUGGUAACUCACUCGUAGCGAGAAGCACGUGGUUUAGUCUUGGCAGAAGUGUGAUGGGAAUAUUAUAUUUUUCUUUCUUUUUUCCGCGUCAGCCACAGUUAGCCCACCAUAUUACGAGUACCGGUACAUCAACAACCCUCUUCCUUCUCCUUCACGACCACCACACCAUCACCACGACCACAAAAACCCCGUAACACACAAAGAAGAAGAAGAAAAAAAGAGAAAAAAAUGUCCCUCGAUAAACAAGCUGCCGCCUUCAUCCGCUCAGCCCAAGCGGGCCUAACCAGCCAGCGUCGCACUGUGGCGGCCCCCCAACCCACCACCACCACCAGCGCGGGGCCCCAGACCACGCUGAAGCGCAAAAAGAUCGUUGACCGUAGCAAGCCCGUGCCCGCACCCAUAGUCUACAGCCAGCCAACCGACACCUCCCUGAUGGGACAGCACAUCCUAACGCAGGUCCACCACGCCGUCCAAUUCCUUAAAUCCCGCGAGAGCCCGCAAACGAUGCAGCAGAUCGCCAGUUACCUCUCCAUAAGCAUGACGCCCUCCCUCCUGGAGAUACUGAAGCGCAACGAGCGCAUAACCUACGAUGCCUCUGCUGACACCUUUGAGUUCAAGCCCAUCCACAACAUCCGCAGCGCGCAGGCCCUCCUCGCCUUCCUGCAGCAGCAGACGACGGCGCAGGGACUCAGCGUCAAGGAGCUGAAAGACGGGUGGUCCGGGGCCAUCGAUACCAUCGCGGAUCUGGAGGAACGCUCCGAGAUCCUGGUCACCCGGACCAAGAAGGACAAUCAGCCCAGGAUGGUCUGGAUCAAUGAUCGCACGCUGGACGUCGUCGUCGAGGAGGAGUUCAGGAAUAUAUGGCACAAGGUCGUCAUCCCCGCGCCCGGGGAGCUACCGGGGGAGCUGGAGAGGGCUGGUUUGAAGCCUACCAGCGUCGAUCCUGCCACCGUCAAGAAGGAUGUCAAGGCGACGCAGAAGGGGAGGAAGAGGACGGUUAAUCGUAGGGUCAAGAUCAGCAAUACACAUAUGAACGGGAUCCUGAAGGAUUCGAAGGAUUUGAAGAGUGGUGGGUGGAAAAAAUGA